AUGUCCAGAAAAGGGAGCAGCACAGAUGGCAAAACAGACUUAGCUAAUGGAAGCAUGUCUAGCAGUCCAGAGGAGAUGUCUGGUGCUGAAGAGGGGAGGGAGACAUCCUCAGGCAUUGAAGUAGAGGCCUCAGACCUGAGCUUGAGCUUGACCGGGGAUGAUGGUGGCCCCAAUCGCACCAGCACAGAAAGUCGAGACACAGAUACAGAGAGCUCAGGUGAAGACAAGGACUCUGACAGCAUGGAGGACACUGGCCAUUACUCCAUCAAUGAUGAAAACCAAGUCCAUGAUCGCUCAGAGGAAGAGGACGAGGAAGAAGAGGAAGAAGAAGAGCAUCCUCGGCGGCGUGUACAGCGCAAGCGGGCCAACCGUGACCAGGACUCAUCAGAUGAUGAGCGGGCCUUGGAGGACUGGGUGUCCUCGGAGACAUCAGCCCUUCCCCGCCCUCGCUGGCAAGCUCUUCCUGCCCUUCGGGAGCGGGAACUGGGUUCAAGUUCCCGCUUUGUAUAUGAGGCUUGUGGGGCAAGAGUCUUUGUGCAACGUUUCCGCCUGCAGCAUGGGCUCGAGGGCCAUACUGGUUGUGUCAAUACCCUGCACUUUAACCAGCGUGGAACUUGGCUGGCCAGUGGCAGUGAUGACCUGAAAGUGGUGGUUUGGGACUGGGUGCGGCGGCAGCCGGUACUGGACUUUGAGAGUGGCCACAAAAGCAAUGUCUUCCAGGCAAAGUUCCUUCCUAAUAGUGGUGAUUCUACCCUGGCCAUGUGUGCCCGUGAUGGGCAGGUGCGGGUAGCAGAGUUGUCUGCCACACAGUGCUGCAAGAAUACGAAGCGUGUGGCCCAGCAUAAGGGAGCGUCCCACAAGUUGGCCCUGGAACCAGACUCUCCUUGUACGUUUCUAUCUGCAGGUGAAGAUGCAGUUGUCUUCACUAUUGACCUCAGACAAGACCGGCCAGCUUCGAAGCUGGUGGUGACAAAAGAGAAAGAGAAGAAAGUGGGGCUGUAUACAAUCUAUGUAAAUCCUGCCAAUACUCACCACUUUGCAGUGGGUGGACGAGAUCAGUUUGUAAGGAUUUAUGACCAGAGGAAAAUUGAUGAGAAUGAAAACAAUGGAGUACUCAAGAAAUUCUGCCCUCAUCACCUGGUGAACAGUGAGUCCAAAGCAAACAUCACCUGUCUUGUGUACAGCCACGACGGCACAGAGCUCCUGGCCAGUUACAACGAUGAAGACAUUUAUCUCUUCAACUCCUCUCACAGUGAUGGGGCCCAGUAUGUUAAGAGAUAUAAGGGCCACAGAAAUAACGCUACAGUAAAAGGUGUCAAUUUCUAUGGCCCCAAGAGUGAGUUUGUGGUGAGCGGUAGUGACUGCGGGCAUAUCUUCCUCUGGGAGAAAUCAUCCUGCCAGAUCGUUCAGUUCAUGGAGGGGGACAAGGGAGGCGUGGUGAACUGUCUUGAGCCUCACCCUCAUUUGCCUGUGCUGGCAACCAGCGGCCUGGACCAUGAUGUCAAGAUCUGGGCACCCACAGCUGAAGCUUCUACUGAGCUUAUAGGGCUAAAGGAAGUGAUUAAGAAGAACAAGCGGGAGCGGGAUGAAGACAGCUUGCACCACACUGACCUGUUUGACAGCCACAUGCUCUGGUUCCUCAUGCAUCACCUGAGACAGAGACGCCAUCACAGGCGCUGGCGAGAUCCUGGGGUCGGGGCCACAGAUGCAGACUCUGAUGAGUCUCCCAGUUCCUCAGACACAUCGGACGAGGAGGAGGGCCCCGACCGGGUGCAGUGCAUGCCGUCCUGA